UUCAUUUGUUUCUCCCUUUAUCUGCCUUGGAUUUCCCCGUGAUUGAAACACAGAUCCACGAUGCAUCCGUUAAAUUCGGUGUUGGUGGCGAGGAUGCUGUCGAACAUGGCGGCGGCGGCUUCAUCCGUCGACGGAUUGGAAUCCAUCGGAGGAGUGGUGCCGUUCGGGACUCUAUGGUGGUUCAUAUACGCCGGCUGCUCUUGCUUCUUCGUCCUCUUCGCCGGGAUGAUGUCGGGCCUUACUCUCGGACUCAUGUCCCUUGGUCUCGUCGAACUCGAGAUUCUUCAACGCAGCGGCACUCCCACUGAGAAAAAGCAAGCUGCUGCUAUUUUGCCUGUGGUUCAAAAACAACAUCAGCUUUUGGUGACCUUGCUUCUUUGCAAUGCUGUUGCUAUGGAAGCCCUUCCCAUAUAUCUGGAUAAGAUUUUCAAUGAGUAUCUUGCUAUCAUACUUUCUGUGACUUUUGUUCUACUUUUUGGUGAGGUUAUACCACAAGCAGUUUGCACAAGAUAUGGGCUUGCUAUUGGUGCAAAUUUAUCAGGAGUGGUGCGGCUCUUAAUGUUAAUUUGCUAUCCAAUAGCUUAUCCCGUUGGAAAGAUUCUGGAUUGGAUGCUGGGGCAUAAUGAUGCACUAUUUAGGCGGGCUCAACUAAAAGCUCUUGUCUCCAUCCACAGCCAGGAGGCUGGCAAGGGAGGUGAACUCACUCAUGACGAAACUACGAUUAUUAGUGGAGCACUAGAUUUGACUGAAAAGACCGCAGAGGAGGCUAUGACACCUAUAGAAUCAACUUUCUCUUUAGAUGUCAAUUCAAAGUUGGACUGGGAGGCAAUGGGUAAGGUUCUUGCACGAGGUCAUAGCCGAGUCCCUGUCUACUCGGGGAAUCCAAAAAACAUUAUUGGACUUCUGCUGGUGAAAAGCCUUCUAACUGUACGCCCUGAAACCGAGACACCUGUCAGUGCUGUUUCCAUCCGGAGAAUUCCAAGAGUUCCAGCUGAUAUGCCUUUGUAUGACAUACUGAAUGAGUUUCAAAAGGGCAGCAGUCAUAUGGCAGCUGUUGUCAAGGUUAAAGGAAAAGUUAAGAAUCCUCCUGCAACAGCUGAUGGAGCAAAAGCUGAAGAAAAUGGAGUCUCCAAUGCAGAGCCCCAACUCACUACUCCGCUGCUACCUAAGCAGGAUGAGAAGCCGGACAGCAUAACUGUCGACAUCGACAAGUAUUCUUCAAAGGCUCCCUUGAAGAUAUUGACGUCAGAGGAUAUUGACGAAGGCGAAGUGAUUGGUAUUAUCACCUUAGAAGAUGUUUUUGAAGAACUCCUACAGGAGGAGAUUGUGGAUGAAACAGAUGAAUAUGUUGAUGUGCAUAAAAGAAUCCGUGUUGCCGCAGCGGCUGCCGCUUCAUCAGUGGCAAGGGCACCAUCAAUCAGGAGGCUAACUAGUUAUCAAAAGGGAGCGGUCAACUCCCCCAGGGUUACACUAGCUGACCACAAGAGCUGAAACAAAAACAUUAUUUAUAUCUGCAAUCGUGAAGGAACCGAUUCCCAGAAAACCAGAGGUAAGAGUUUUGUUUUUCUUUUGGUUUCUAAGCUGCAAGGGGUGGAAAAAGGAACAUUGAGUUGGUCCCUAUGUCUCAAUAAAUUUUCUUGUGCUUAAUGUGUUAUCUAAAUCUACGUGCAUGGCACUGAAAAA